ACCCGUCAAUUUUUUUUUUUUGAAAAUUUGAUUAGCAGCAAAGAAAUAAUGUAAAUUUCAAAAACGUACAAUUCGUUGUUUUUCUACUGCGAAUACACAGGCGAUGGAACCAAGUCGCACGCGAGUUUGCAUUUGCUAUUUGAUAUCGACAUUGCUAAUAGGUUUCUUCAUCUAUAUACUGGUCUCGAGCAAUUUGGAGAACAGACGCAAACUCGGCCGACUGCGCGAGGAUGUAGAUGAGAUUGCGCACGUUGUGCUGCAUGCUGCGCCGGGACAAGGUGAAACAAAACAUCUGAAUGAAAUUGUUGACGGUAUUCUGAAGAAGCGACUGGCCGGUAUUUGGGAUGAUUUGUAUGCGAUGAAAAAGCAGUUACGACUCACUGAGUGUGCGGGUGUACGGCUGUCAGCGCCACAGACCAUGGCCGAGGGUGGUGGUGGUGGUGGUGGUGGUGGUGGCGGCGGCGUCGGCGAUGGUGCGUUAGUGGAGCGAUCAAUGCGAGCGCGCGUCAAUUACGCAGCGGAAGAGUUGGGUGCGAAGGUGUAUGAUGUGAAGGCGGAGCCGCUUGAUAGCGGCAAUGUGGUGAGAUCAGUGCUAGGGCUGCAAUAUAGCGCAAAUCCGCCAAUAAAUAUGCUAAAGCCAGGAAUGGAGCCGGGUAAUUGCUUCGCCUUCAAGCGGGCACAGGCGGUGGUGACCAUCAAACUGGCACAGGCGAUAUACGUGGAGAGUUUCGAGUUGGAGCAUCUAUGUAAAGGCAAUGCGCCCAACAAUGAUACUAGCAGUGCGCCAAAGGACUUUGAGGUUUAUGGCAUCAUGGCCACUUCCUGGCAGGAAUUCAAAAUGGGCGAUUUUACGUAUGCAAAUCAGCAACCACCAGCGCAAAAUUUCGCUGUGCAGUGCGAAAAUAAAUAUCUUUACGUGCGCUUCAAGUUCAAGUCCAAUCAUGGGCAUGCAGAAUAUACCUGCGUUUAUCGUGUUGCAGUCUACGGUCGCAGUGAGAAGUAGUAAGGAGGCGGAUUUCAUAUUUUGGACAAUGAAUGCUAAGCGAUCCAGAAAUGCGUUUUAUAUGCAGCAUUAUUUUGUAUACAAUGUGUAUUAUGUACAUAACCCCGUAUAGUAUUUAUUAUGUGGAUUUUUUUUUUUUUUUGUUA